AUGAAUCGUAUUACGACAAUUCCAGUGCCAGCUACUAUACAGCGAACUGGUAGCCCAAUCUGGCGAUUUUUUAAGGAGCAGGAAUCUGAAAUAGUCAACUUGGCUGCUCAAUGCCAGUUGAAGCAACAACAACGAGAACCCCUAGACGUCGUUCUGCCAGAUGAUGAAGCGGAAUGCGACUCAGAUGACGAUGACGAUCUAUCGACUGUCUUUCCCGCCCAGCUUACGACAGAUGGCACGAAACAAAUCAAAACGGAGUUUCUCGAUCGGCUUGCUGAAAUAGAGGACCAAGUUAUGAUCGUUAUUGCUCGGAAUGCGAAGUGGGUGGAGGAGGACAAGGUAUUUUUGAAUAAACUUGUCGACUUAAUGGAGAUGAUUUCCAGAGGGCCAUCUCAGCAAGACCAUGUUCAUGUCGUUCGCGAGCUUCUUGCCAAUUACUAUCAUGCCAGACUCCAGCAUCAUGCUGAGAAGCUCAAGAAACUGGUGAAACAUGUUGAUCCCCACAUCAAGGCUGUUCUUUUGUGGUGUUGUGGAAAAUUCUUGUCUAAAACCGUAUCACCCCUCGAGUUUGUCGAAUUUAUGGGAAGCCUCUCCCAACACAAGGAGUAUGCACCGCAGCCCAAUUGGGUCAACGACAAGCUCGGCCCCAAGCAAAUCCAGCGAAUAAAUCUUGAAAUGGCAUUUAUCUGCAGACCUGAGAUCGCCGCCAACACUUUUUUCGCUGUCGCCAGAGAUGUACCCAGCUUUCAAAAAAUUCAUAUCCAACUAUUAAUUGGCUACAAACCAAGAAAAAUUCCGCAAAAGCUUACAACUACUGUUAAGUCAUCGACGACGAACAAAGAGAAGAAUUUGCGAGCGCAGCCAGCCGAACCUAGAUGGGUUCAUGCAGAGAUAAGAAUGAUUACCUACUUGCUUAACCGUGAGAACAACAAUCAGCUGUUCACAUAUCUUGGGAUUAGCAAGAAAAUGUGCUUUCUUUGCGGUCAUGUCGUACGGAAGCUCGGUAUGUUUUAUACUCGGGCUAAUCAUGGCAAAAUGUACUCACUAUGGACCUUACCGCCGGUUCUUGUGAUCAAAGACGCUUACAUACAGAGAUGGGAACCUGUUGUCAACCAUCUCCUACAAGUUCUUCGCACCGAGGUCAGCCGGCAAGACCUACCGCAUAUGGAUGCCGCGAGGGAGUCAACUAUGACUACUCCGAUAGUCAAGGUUGCUAAAGUUGACGAUCCCUUCGCUAGUUCAAGUCAAGAUCUUCGACAGCGAGAGAGAGAAUCUAAAUGGUUCUCAAUGUCUAGUCGGCGACCAGAGGCCCCAGUGACCGAGAGUAAUGAGUAUAGGUCGCCUCCGCCAUCAGAUGCAGAAAGCGAUGAGGCUUGUCAAUCAGGUGAUCAACUACCGGCUGAGGAAAACGUACUCAAAGCUUUUGGGUUCUUCCAUUUUGGAUCCGGACGUGAGCGGUUUCAAUUGUUCCAGACGUACCGCAAGUUGAUACUCCAUGGGGUCACAGUAGAAGAAAUACGAGAGGCAUGGCAGAAAAACAUGCUGAAAGAAUUUAUUGUCUCCCGGUGUGCACAGCUUCCCCCGUCUCUUCUGGGUAGCGAAAGGGUCUGGGUUGGCCAUACGGAGGGGUUUGCACGGGACUCAGAACAGGGGUUGGGAAGCAUACCUAAAUCGAUGAAAAUGCACCUCAGCGCGGAAGACAGGCGACUGGCGCCAUCGGAGCUUGAGCCCGAAGCGAAACGUUCGGCCUUUUUUUUCUAUGUUCAGAUACUCAACCAAUACAUGCCGGGAGCCGACGAGGAUAAUUGGGUUUCUCUCGGAUUUUGCACAGCCCGCAACCAGGAUGAAAUCCAAUGGCUAUCUCAUCUCUACGCACUGCUCAUCGAGAGGUGUCAAUUCGAGGAGUUCUGGAAAGCUAUGGAUGAAUCUACGAUAGUAGAGCUCUUCAAAAAAUACAAGCUCGAUCCUGGCAUCGCGAACUUGCACAAUUUCGAGACCCUCAUGCGGGAUAUUGGAAAGUGGCGCCAGAGUGUGUGGGAGUUGAAGAAAUUCACACAGACGACAGAGGUCUGGCCCACUAGAUCCGUUGAGGUGGACUACGGCUUUAAGAACUGUCAGAACGCUCGAGAACGCCUCGGCCUUCGCCACGCCUAUGCAGAUUAUUUUGCUCGUGGUGAAGAUGAGAUGAAUCUACACCAAGCUUGCAUCGACGGUUGGCUGGCCCAGUUCCUAACGGCAAAACUCGGGCCCCUUCAGAUCCCGGAUGAGGUUUUUGCGAAUGACUACCCGGGAAAGCGGUGCAGUUAUAACGGCAUGACCGUUAAAUCUACGAUCGUAUGUCCUGAGUCAAUGUAUCACAUCGUGCUAGAGAGGCAGAAGGCAGAAGGUGAUAGAGAACUUAUUAUAACUGUUCCGGAUGAGGAAGAUGAGAUUAUUAAGGAGUAUAUACGGACUCAGGCUGCGCGUACAACAGGAAGGAUGCGUGUGGAAACCCAGACUACAUCGCAUGGGGUAGAGAUAGCCUCUAUGAGUGUUGAUUGGUAG